UCCAUAUUCCAACUCUCAAAAAGAAAUUUCAAAGUUUGGUAUUCCUCUCAAGGUCUCAUAUUUCAAAUCUUGGAACAUAUUACAACAUGGGUUUCCGCUUGCCUAGAAUUGUUACUGCUAAGCAAAGUCUUCAGCGAUCUUCAUCAACAGGAAAUGGAGCAUCUCCAAAAGCUGUCGAUGUUCCAAAAGGCUAUUUUACCGUUUAUGUUGGUGAGGAACAAAAGAAGCGUUUUGUCAUUCCGCUAUCUUAUUUGAACCAGCCUUCUUUUCAAGACUUGUUGAGUCAAGCAGAAGAAGAAUUUGGAUAUAAUCAUCCAAUGGGUGGCAUCACAAUUCCUUGUAGUGAAGAAAUUUUCCUAAAUCUCACUCAGAGUUUAAACGACUCAUGAAGUAGCGAGAUUAAUAGAUAGCAUAGAAAAGGAUUAGAUUAGCACAAAAUGUAAACAUAGUGUAAAAACUUUUACAAUGAGAAAACUCGAUUCAUUGAAA